CGCCAAGAGAAUCGGUCUUUUUCCAACUUUUGUCACUUAAGUCUGACAAAAGUUGACUUAAGUGACAUUUCUAGUAUACUACAUGCUAUCACACAUAAUAUUUUUUGAGAAUUUGGAAACAGUUGCUCUUUAUUUCCCAAAGUUAUGGGGGGAGGAUAGAGAUAUAGAGAUAUAUCUAAUCAUCAGCUGGGUCAACCAGCCUGCCCGUUUCCCCUUUUUCUGUUUUCGGGCACAAUGUUUCCUUUGACCGUUGGUCCUCGCACCCUGCUGUGCCAAAACGUCAUAACCACUGCAGAAGAGAGAGAGAAGCAAGUAGAAGGAUUGUCUCCUAACAAGUUUGAGCAGUUUUUGGAUUUGUCCAGACAAAAAGAAUCAACAAUGAGUAACAGCAAUAAGGCAUCGUCUUCUCAUUCUUGGAAUGACAACAUGCAACUUGAUAGAGAGACACAGAAGCUACAUGACAUCUUGAAAGAUAUCAGCAUGAUGUCAGCAGAGAGACAGUCGCUGAUAAAAGCAAACGAGGACCUGAAGAUGCAAGCGAGAAACAUUCAAAAAGCUGCACAAGACAUACAGAAGCUGCUUCAGGAGAAAGACAGUGAAUUAAAAAAACUGUCUGAUCGAAAUAAAACUUUAAAGGAGGAUAACAUUACAUUGAAGCAGAUAAACACUGCCUUGGACCAGAAAAUCACCACGCUGGACCAGAAAAUCAACUCCGUGGAGCAGAAAAACACCACGCUGAAGCACAAAUACACCACACUGAAGCACAAAUACACCACAUUGGAGCAGGACAAAAACACGUCGGAGCAGAAAAACAACACGUUGGAGCAGAAAAACACAGUCUUGGGUCAGAAAUACAGCUCACUGAAGAAGAUAAAAGCUGCCUUGGGUCAGAAAAACACAACACUAGAGCAGGAAAACAUCGCCCUGGAGGAGAAAAGUAACGUACUGGCGAAAGAAAAGACUGCCUUGGAGAAGAGAAACAGCAUCCUGCAGCAGAAAAUCACCACCGUGGAACAGGAUUUCACCGUCCUGGCACAGGAUUACACCGCCAUGGAGGAGCAAUGUAACGCCUUAGUACACGAAAACACCACUCUGCAGCAGAGAAUCCCCUUUUUGGAGGUGAUAAAUUGCGACCUGGACCAGAGAAACCAAAACUUGCAACGGGACAACAUCAUUUUUGAGAUGGAGAACAACGACCUGCAGCAGCACAUCAACGACUUGAAUCAGAGAAGAAGGGCCCUGGAGCGUGAAAAAACCAAGCUGUUGCUGUCAGUCACUUCUCUGGAGGUGAAACGCAUUGUCCUGGAGAAGACGAGCACAGACUUGGAGGAUGAAAAAAAUAAACUGACAAAGGAAAACACCACCCUGGAGCAAAAAUACGCUGCCUUGGAGGAGGAAAAAAGAGCCUUAGAGCAGAAAAAUACCGCCUUUGAGGAGGAAAACACCAACCUGCAUCUCGAAGUGGCCCAGCUAAACAAAAGGCUGAGGGACAGAGUGGAACAGCCGAACCAGCAGCCAUCUGAAGAGGAAACCCACAAAAGCAGCCAGUCGGUUUCAGACCAGCCACAGAUUCGGCCGUCUGAAUAUGUUCCAAAGAGGCACUUUCAGGCAAUGGCUUGAAAGAUGGCACUUCUAAAUAAAGAAGUGUCAUGAGGGCUCCAAACUUCAUGUUUGAUUAUCGGUGGUAGAAAAGCUUGAGGACAACAGGACUGCAGUGUCAGGGGAGCUUGACACUUGGGGCCGUUGGCGGAAGAGCUUAACGCUUGAAAGUUGUUGGCAGGAGAGGCAGCCCUGACCUUCAGGGCUUCCUAGCGAGUCCCGUUGGUCUCCCGGCUGACCUCCAGGGCUUCCUAGCGAGUCCCGUUGGUCUCCCGGCUGACCUUCAGGGCUUCCUAGCGAGUCCCGUUGGUCUCCUGUUCAAUCUCCAGGGCUUUGUAGUGAGUCCUGACGUACUCAUGGCCUGCCUCCAGGUCCUUGUAGCGAAUACUGUUGGUCUCCUGUCCAAUCUCCAGGACUUUGUGGUGAGUUCUGACGGUCUCUCUUCCUGCCUCCAGGGCUUCGUAGCGAGUCCUGUUGGUCUCCUGUCCAAUCUCCAGGGUUUCUUAGUGAGUCCUGUUGGUCUCCCGGUCUGCCUCCAGGGCUUCAUAACGACAAGGCUCAGGAGGUCAACCCGGAUGGGACACUUCCCCAAGGUUCCCGCUCUGCCUCCAGCGUCCACCAAGGUACUUGCUCCGCUGCCAGCGUCCCCCAAGGUUCCCGCUCUGUCUCCAGCGUCCACCAAGGUACUUGCUCCACUGCCAGUGUCCCCCAAGGUUUCUACUCUGCCGCUGACAUCCUCCUAGGUUUCUGCUCCGCCGCCGGUGUCCUCCAAGGUUUCUGUUCCGCCGGUAUCCUCCUCAGAGUCUUUUGGUAUUCCUUAGUUGUUUCCAUUUAAUUUUGCCUUGUUUUCUACAUCUGUUCUUCAUUGUUCUUAAUUAUGUUUAUUUCUUGUUUCUACACUGUUAAAAGUCAUGCCUUCGAUUAGUUAUCAUAACGUUUUUCUAUAAGUUACUUCCAAUUAACAUAAUAAGUUAUAUAAUUUCAAUUUAAUUUCCUGAGUUACUGGCAUUUCAACUCGAGGAUGUGAGUCAGUUCAGUAAAACAUAAAUUUAAAUGUGUGACAAUCCGAGUUUUAAAAUGGUAACCGGAUCUUAUAAAAACUGAUCAUCACUGGCAAUAUUAAUGCGAGAUACAAAUAGUGCAGGAAAUUCGCUUUUUAUCUGAUAAGGGACUAAAUAUGAUGUAAGAUUUAGUCAGACUUUAUAAAGUUCUCCAUCCCAGUUAGAAUUGCAUAUUAAAUGAAGAAGAGGAACACCAUCUGACCAGAUUAAGGACGUCGAAAGCAAAGUCGCGGAUGAAUACCAAUUUUUCCAAGACCUCUGUCCCAAAGGCGUUCAAAUUCGGCGGGACAUUUUUUCGAAAUGCGAAGCGAGCUGGAGCCAUAGUAAUAAGGUAAGCUUCAUUUGUCGUUUUUUUUUUUUUGAUAAUGCCAUCCAUUUUUAGAAUAUGUUAAGAGCUAAAAGUUCGUGUCUCUGUUACAUGUUUAAACACAGGACAAAAAACAACAGCUUGCUAAUUGUCGAGGGCAGGAGUUAGUCAAUGCAGACAAGCCUAGCUAAACGCAGUAUGCUACUCGGUUGCGCUUAUAGAACUUUUCUUAAGAGAAAAUACAAGCAGCUACCACGAUUUUUGUAUUGUACACUUCCUCAGAAACACAUAUGUGGCGCUUGGUCAAAGUUUUGCAUCGACGUGCUGACUGCAGGGAAUUAGCGGCUUCGGGAAAGACUGUGCGUCAGUAAUUAGUCGUGUUUCUUGUCAGUAAUUAGCCGUGUCCUUUGUUUCAUGUGUUGUUCGCACGUGUGUCCCUUUUCUGGUUCACGGUGACAAAUGCAAUUUCCCUGUUAAAGAAAUUAUAUAUAUACUUACAUAUAUAUGGGUAUAUACUUAUAUACAUUUACGCUCUUGGUUUAAAAAAUGGCUGGUCAGCCCUUAUCUGUUUUUCAUAGCCAAUAUGAUACAAAUAGGUUUAAUAAGAGGCACUGCCAUACUGUUUUAGACAACUUAUGAAAACUUUAAAGAUGUCUAUGUUGAUGGAAUAUAAAAAAAAUAUCUCUCUUAGGUGGGUAUAUGUUAACAAUGUUAACAUAUAAUUUUAAUUUUAAUGUUAACAAAUUGACCAAAUACAUAACUUUUAGUAGUAAUUUAGGCAUAAAAACACUCAUAAAACAUAGUAUGGCAGUGCUGUAAAAUUUUAGUUUACUACAGUCAAUUAGAUCUUUGAAUUUCAAAGAUUUGCCUUGCCCCACACUGCUGUUACUGAUUAUCUUAAAUGUUAAAAUGCUUUUUUUGUUCUGUUUUUCAUAGAUUUAUUUUAUUAAGUUAAUUGUUAUAUUGAGUAACAAGUUGUUAAGUUAAUUGAUAAGAUCAAAUAAAUAUUUAAUUUCUUUUACUGUCAAAGUGCAGCAUCCAUUUAGUCAGUGAUGAUUCCUUUAAAUGUUUUAAAACCUUGUGUUAUCAUUAACCCAAUAUUUUGUCUCGUCUCUCCUGGAGACAAACAUGCAGGUGAAGCGCAAGAUAAUGGAGGUUGAAAUGCAGAAGAAAGACCCAAAACAUUAGCUGCUUGAGGAUUUGAUGGUUGCUAUAUUUUCUCAGCGUAGGAAAGACAUUGUAGGAGAUCAACCACACAUCACAGAGCUCAUCUCCCGAUGGCCUGCUCUGUUCCAUGAGAGACAGGUAAUCGCACAACUGAAUUAGUUCCACCAAGAGAUUUAGUGAUUUAAUACUGAGUUAACAGUGUCCUGACAAGUUUUAUAUUCUAUCACCUCAGAUUAGGGCAGAAUUUACAAGAAACGUCAUCACAGACUUUCCAGAAUCUUUUCUUGACGGACUUGAUGGCCUGGUUCUGAGACUGCUGGAGGUCUACAAAGCACCAACCAAAUCUGGAAAGAAGCAGCCACUCAAAGACAUUUUGGACUGCCUUGCAAAAGAUGAAGCUGAAAAACACUACCUAAACACCGCCUUUGAGGAGGAAAACACCAACCUGCAUCCUGAAGUGGAUCAGCUGAACAAAAGGCUGAGGGACAGAGUGGAACAACAGAACCAGUAGCCAUCUGAAGAGGAAACCCACGAAAGCAGCCAGUCGGUUUCAGACCAGGCACAGAUUCAGCCGUCUGUAUUCAGACGUGUGAUCAAUACACUUCUGAAUAUGUACCAUAGAGGCACUCUAAGGCACUGGCUUGAAAGAUGGCACUUCUAAAUAAAGAAGUGUCAUGAGGGCUCCAAGCUUCAUGCUUGAUUAUCGGUGGUAGAAAAGCUUGAGGACAACAGGACUGCAGUGUCAGGGGAGCUUGACACUUGGGGCCGUUGGCGGAAGAGCUUAACGCUUGAAAGUUGUUGGCAGGAGAGGCAGCCCUGACCUUCAGGGCUUCCUAGCGAGUCCCGUUGGUCUCCCGGCUGACCUUCAGGGCUUCCUAGCGAGUCCCGUUGGU